AUGAAUACUUUUAUUCAAAGGACCCGUAGAGUAAAUGGAACAUUACCGUCGACAAGGCAGAAAGAUGUACGUGUAACCCAUGUAAGAGGUACAGCAGUAUUGCCGCAUCGUAUUCUAGAAUGCAUUCCCAACACACAAUGGAAUGUAUUUCCAACAGAUGAUACCGUUGCACCAUACGUGGCUAUAAAAAAAAAUCAAACAUGUAAUAGUACAUGCAUGAGAUGCGAAGGAUACGAUGCGAGUUGGGGCGGCGGCAGAGGAAACAACCGCGGCGGCGGAGGAAACAACCGCGGCGGCAUAGAAAACAACCGCGGCGGCAUAGAAAACAACCGCGGCGGCAUAGAAAACAACCGCGAGGGAAACAACUGGGGCGGCAGAGGAAACAACAGUGGCGGUCGCGGAAAUUACCGCAGAGACAACCGCGACGGCCGCGGAAGCAACCGCGAUGGGCAAAGAAACGAUCGCGGCGGCCAGGGCGGUAACGAUAGGAUAGGAACUCCAAUUCCAAUGAUUUAUCAUCAGCUAUAA